UACGUGUGCAUAUGCGUAAACUGGGCGCAAUAAAAAUGAUCCGCAGCUGGUUCGGAAGCCUUCAGAACCGAGGCUGUCUGGUCUUAAAUACUGCAGUUGAGUCCUGUCAGCAUUCACGUAGGACUCUUGUUAGAAAUAACGGAGUAUAUUACCUAUUUAUUUAAUGGUUUAGCGCUGCAGUUUAUCCCGAACACUGGUCGUAAGGGUUGCUGAAGGUUAACCAGCAACACCAGAAGCCCCCAAAUGUAUUAAGUGUACAGCUUGCAGUCUCUGUAUCUGCCUUAGUGCCUACAAACACGCCGCCUUGACAGCUUUCCGCAUGCAUGAGAGCGGAGAGCGCGUGCUGUCAGCCCCUGACGCGCGACUCACGCCCAGCUUGAGCAGACGGGGACCGCUCUCUUUUAAAAGCGCUCCGGGCAAAGCUGACGACUUCCCGAUCCGUGCAUCAUUUGCAAGCGAUGGUGACGACUUUUUAAAGCGGUGCUUAGGGGCACAUAGAGAAAACCCUGUGUCGGUGGAGCUUUUUUUGGUGAAGGAUUUAUGCAUUUGCCUUUCAUUUAUGAAAACUGUCAUAUUCUUGGCUUCGUGUGUAGCAGGAACAUGGUACAAUCCGCUCUGAACUUCGUGGUGCACAUUUAAACAUUUUGCGAGGUUUUUUUUUUGUAUUCUACGGAACUUUUUUAAGCGUACGUGGUGCGGAGUCUUAAAACACCGCUGCCGACCGUGCAAUGCUGGGAUGGUUUGGUGCUCUUUGCAUCUUGGUGCUGUUGGCCUCCCUCUGGUCGGCGUCACGGUACCUCGGCUCGGGCAGCCGGUUCUUUGCGUUGAUGUGCCGUCUGCAAAGGAGCAUUUCACGGCGCCAGCUGCAGGAGAAUGGUCCGGGCAGGUGCGCCCCCGAUCGCACUACCUCCACCGUGGCGACGCGGAACGAAAAGGAGACCGUCUCCCUGAUCUGCAAACCUUCAGCGCUUGCCAACCAUCUCCUCAAGCACUGCGCGACCUUCUGCGCCUUCCCUGCUGUCCCGGCUUGGAGCUGGCGCGCCAGUCCGCUCUUGCAGACGGUCUUCGCUGCCUGCUGGCCGGGUGGCUGCGCGAUCCGCUUCGUCCGUGACCACCUCCAGAUGAGCGACGACGGCUUGGUUUCCCUGGACUGGGCUGUCGCUGGCACCGCGCACCACAAGCGGAGGAGGACAUCCAGUAAUUCCAAUAGCCCAGUUUUACUGAUUAUACCAAACUCCUUUGGGAAAAUUACCAGGAGUGUUUUAAAGCUCUGCGAGGCGGGCCUGAACCACGGCUACCUCCCGGUCGUCUUCAACCGCCGCAGCCACAACGGGACGCCGCUGAGCACGCUGAAGCUGCAGCAGUUUGGCGACCCGGCAGACCUGCGGGAAGCGGUGCGAUAUGUGCGCUACCGCCAGCCGGCGGGCCGCAUCUACGCGGUGAGCGAGAGCACCGGCUCCGGCCUACUGCUGUCCUACCUGGGCGAGUGCGGCUCGUCCUGCUACAUCACGGCCGCUGCCUGCCUCUCACCCGUCUUCCGCUGCCAGUCCUGGUUCGAGAGCGGCUCAUCCCGUUUCUGCCACUGGGCCAUGCUGCUCUACCAGAAGUUCUGCCUCAGCAGGUACAGGACGGCUCUGGGGGAGCUGCUGCACACUGACAACUUGUUCUCCAGCUGCUCCUUGCGGGCCUUGGAGGAGGCGCUGUUCUGCCACCAGGGGGCGUUGGCUGGCAGCGCAGCCGGGCACGAGAACAGCUGGGAGGCAUACUGGGAGCGGAACGACCCGCUGCGUGACGUGGACGAGGUGGCAGUGCCCGUGCUGUGCGUGUGCAGCCGGGAUGAUCCAGUGCGAGGUGACACCCGCAUCACACUGCCCCUGGAGCUCUUCGCAAACAACCCCCACUUCUUCCUCCUGCUAACGGGUCAUGGCGGCCACUGUGGGUUUUCCACGCCCGACGAGGGCGCCACUCCCUGGGGCCACCGCGCGCUGCUGGAGUUUUUCCGGGGAACUGCAGACUUCUUCGCUGCUGAGGAGAGGGCCAAACUGGCAGUGCGGAGGCGGGGCCUCACGGCCGUAGGCGGGCCUAAGGGUUUUCGCCACCGCAGUGGGAGCACCUGUAAGAGACUGUCCGCCUACUCCCGCAACAUGCAGUCCAUCUUCAGCUGGCAGAGAUCUUACACCAGGUGAUGUCCCUCUAGUGGAUGAUGUGAGAAUUGCAUGGAGCACCCCCCCUUCUGUCAGUGUAAUAUUGGGUGUGGAGUUACUGCCCAGCUCAAGGGCUUAAAGCACAGAUGUUAGUUAGCUGUCACCUCUCACCUGGGUACCCGGCACUGUGAUUUUUUUCCUUGUUAAUGAUGUACUUCAGUCUCUCGUUCAACGUGACGUCCAGUCUGUGUACAUCGACGAUGGUGCGUGCCCGCAGAUGUCCCAGGAUGCCUUGUGUCAUAUCCCCUGGGGGGUGGGGGUGUUCCUCACCCCAUAUCUUUCGUUAUCAACCUUGUGCGUUCACUCGUUGCUGUUUUUCAUGUUUCUUGGCUAUUUGUGUUUUCGAUGGCACUACGAAGUCAGCACUGAGCUUCACCCCGAACUGGGCCACAGUGGAGGCCCACAGCUGGAAAUCCGCAUGCAGCCCCGACUGCCUGCCCCGAGAUGGAGCGGCACUGUGGCUUUGCACAAGUUCUCAUCUAACCUCCGCUUCGUACGCCUUUGUAAUCACUGGAUGUGCUUGGAACGCGUCUGUGAUACGUCUUUGCCUUUUUAAAAUCUUCGUACCGUUUUGGAGAUGGUUCCUUUCCUGUUUUCUUAAUAAUAAAUAAACGGCGCUGCUUGAAAA